AUGCGUCAUCAGCUAACAGUAGCGAGUCUUUACAUAGUUCUAAGCGUAGCCUUUGCUUCUCCAGUGGCCUCACCGCAAGGCGUAGGAAAUGGCGCAGAUUCAUGUCGCGUUUCUGCAUUGGAGCCAAAAACAUGGACGGACCUUAAAAUCGACGAUUUCCUCGCAGCGGCUACAAAGAACUACACCAGGACGACGAGUAACAAUGUUCAAUCGCUAGCCGCUUCCUUCGGUGCUCCUAAUUUCUUCUGUGGUCUUGACAAGUUCUGCAAUGCUGGCCAACCAUGCUUGCCCAUUCAACCACCUGCUUGGUAUGCUGCGCUGGCUAUUCAGAACUAUAACAAUUAUAUGAACAGUCUCAAUACCGCUGUUACAUUUGCCUCGUCAAUUAUCUCUUUGAAAUUGGGAGAGGUUGUUGCAGAUGUAUAUCCAGAUCCUAAAGAUGACAUCACGCCUUUGAAGAACAUUGGGUCCAUGGUCAGCAGUGUCCUGGGCGUAAUUUCGUUCACUGGUGCUGUUGCUUCAACUGUAACUGCUGUCAAUGGAGGGCUGGGAUUUGCCUUGAGGCGUGCUACACCACCUACUCCACCAGAUAGGUUCGUUGCGUGGACCAAUCUCGGGCAAACAAUGAGCGAUGUCCUGAGCGAUUUCCAACGCUUCAUUUCAGAUUCCUUGGACAGAUCUCUCAACGCAGUGGUUGAUGAUCCGACGGACGGAAUCAAUGAACUUAUUAAGGGAGGUGGAUUUCUAGGUGUGAGCGAAAACUUCACACAAAGCGAUCUCCAGACUAUCGUCACUGAGUCAAUCACCCGCCAUGCAAUUGGCCUCGCCCUACAAGCGUAG